CAAAGGGUUGGUUUUGUUGAAACUGCCAUUAAAUCAUAAAAUAUGUUAUAAAAUCGAUAGGCUAAAGGCAGUUUUCAAAUUGGAUACAAGUAUUCGUGAAAGCAUUAAUCCGUUGAGUGCUGGACACCUGCACAAGUUCUUGUCAAUUUAUAUUCUAGAUGAAGUUCCAAACCGCAGAGAUGAGGAGGAUAGUUUUAUACUUGGGAAUCUACAUUGCUGUUUUUAACUUGAGGGUCACAGCUGAUGAAAACACUGAAAUUUGCAUGGAAGCAAAGGAUCCUGGAGAGAUAACAGAUCCUAAAUUAAGGAAUAUUGAAUGGUUCUAUAGCAAAGAUGAAGACAAAUGCCAUCCAUUUGUCUAUAAUGGGGUAGGAGGCAACAGAAACAGAUUUUCCAAUGAGACGCAGUGUUUGAAAACUUGCUCUCCCAAAUACCAUCAACUAUUUCCGGAUGGAGCUGCAGCAUGUCAACUGCAAAAAGAACGGGGAGAUUGCCGUGCCAUGAUACUGAGGUGGUACUACGAUGUGGAAACCGGUGACUGUGAUACAUUCUUCUUCAGUGGAUGUCAUGGGAAUGGAAACCGAUUCGAGAACAAGUUGGACUGUCGGAAUCUAUGUGCUCCCAUCGGGCAAGGUCGACGUUCUUUAGAAGAAGAAAUUGCAAAUCAACAGAGAGAUGAAGGUGAUACUGUUACAAUUGUGCUUGGAUGUCUUUUUGGUGUUGCUGUCAUUGCCUUCGUCGCUGUAUUUGUGAUUCAGAGGAAAAAGCAUAAAAGUCAGACAAGGAAAUCAAAAAGUACAGAAGUAGAGAUGCAAUAAAACAGCUCUCAAGUUGAUGAAAAAAAUACCUGUUUCCUGAAGACAUGUUAUUAUUGGUUGGCAAGAUUCCAUGAAUUUCUUUAUUUUAGAUAAUGAUUUUGUACAUUGACUUUUUUAAGCCUGACAAAAACAGAAUGUUUUAUGCCAAAUGCGCUAAAUGUCUCCAUGUGCUCCUCUUCCGUAAGUGCAAAGGACAUAAUUCAAGUGUUUUAUUAUUAGCAGUGAAUCAUAUCAUAAUGCUUAAAUCCUUAAUGUAAUAAAUAAUUAACUGUACAUUAGCUAAGUGAAGAACAAAUUGGAAUUUGAUUAUGUUUGCUCAUAUUUGUACUUUUGCCAAAACUUUGACUUUGAUACUUGCAACAUUACAAGAGGUUAAAAGAUUACAAUCUAGAACUAACUUGCAUGGAGAAUAUUGUUUGAUAAAAAUAUAGAGCAAAACACGAGUAUUCAAAUUAUGAACUUUUGUAACUGAAAUAAACUUUAAUUAAGCUUUAGUUUAGACACUGUCCAUAAAUCAAUUCUUUGGGUAAAGUCAGACUAUGAAAUAGCCAUUUUAGUAUAACUUAUAUGGUAUCCACUUUUCAAUUAUAUUUACAUCUAAAGUGGAAGUGCUAUUUCAACAACUUUUAAGACAUCCUGAAAAAGAAAUUGCAUCAGUAUCUUACACAAAGCAAUGUUUAUAUUAUAGUCAUUAGAUUUUAACAUGAGUAUAUUUAGUACAUGUGAUCAUUUCUUCUUUAUUGUUACAUUUCUUGCCUUUUUUAACUACAUGAACAGACAGGAGAACUGAAUUUGGUCCCUUCAAACAUUUAGGCAGAAGAACAUAGGCCCUAUUUACAAAUAUUCACUGAUACUACUGGAACAUAAUGUUUAUCUGUUUAUUCUGGGAAUAUAGGUGGCAAAUACCAAUUCACAGGAAGGGUGCAGGCAAGUCUUCCCUGUUGGAGUGCUAGCACUCCCUCAUCCAAGUCCCUUUGAGUUUGUGUUAGGCAAAAUUCCUGGACUACCUCAGGAAUUAUAUCUACUACAUCCUUCUCAGAUCUUGUGGAAGUCAUACUAACUGGGAAUAGAUGUUUGUUCCAAGCUGGGGCUUCCCAAGACUCACAAAAGGUUGGGUGAGAUCAAGUACCAUAACCCAGAGGAAGCAAUACAACUUUGGCCUUAAAGGAAUUUCACAAACAGCCCAGGUCCAUAUGAACAGCAGGAUGAUGCACUAUGCAUUCUCAUAACAUUGUUUUCUAUUUAAACUUGCUAUGAAUUGCUGCUUUGGGAGAUUCUCUGGUACAUUAAGAAACGUAUACCUAAUUGCCAUGCAUGAAAAUUCUUCAAGUAAGAAGAUAGCAUUACAAGAGUUAUGAUGAGGUUGGAAUUGUUGGUAUUUCUGCAUAUAAUGCUGAUUAUUAAUUCCAUAAUUCUGUGUAGUUGCACAUUUGAAAAUUGUGCUUUUACAUGUUCUUCUACUAUUUAGCUAAUUAAACUGUGAUCCAAUUAUCCCCGUUAAUUUUUAAGGAAUUUAAUAUUUCUUCAUACCGUGGACCAUGAUUCUUGUCUGUUUAUGCAAAGAAUAUUGUGUUCAACGUUAUGUACUUGAAAUAUCAAAAUUGAAAAUAAAGCUGAUGCAACAGUG